AUGCUAUGGAUUUAUGGUGUAAUUGGCUUCAGAAUAGUUCUACAACAGCACAUAAGUGACAUAUUCAUUGGAUUGGAGAAUAUGAAUCAAUCUGAUCUGGUGAUUAAGAUUCACAAUCCAAAAAUGCAUUCAGUGCCCUACUCACAUUAUAUUCAGCAUAAUCUUGCUGCACGCAUCCAGCACACUUCCAAAUACGCCAUAAACACCUUUCUGGAAUACGCAAUUUUAUACGAUAUGAACCAACACGAUGAUAUUGAUCUUAUAACACAUUGUGCAUUGAUUUACACAUUUAUUCAAACGAACAAAUCGGAUUCAAAUUAUGGAACUAAAACCAAGACUGAUCUUCUACAACAACUCAGUGAGUCCAUUUUUAGAGGCGAUCUAAAUAAUGAUACCUGGAAAGAAGUCAACAAUGCAGUAUUUAAGAUGUGUACUGAUCCAUCAAACAAGAACUACAUUAUUAUUGAUCUAAUUGAUAAGAAGAUGAACACCAUCUCGUUAUAUUCGAUACAAUUGAAAUCAAUUGGUGAUUUCAAUAGGAAGAAGCAAAAAAUACAGUAUAAAACACCCAAUGGAAUACAGGAUAUAGAAGUGAUUAAUGAAACAAUAUAUGAUGCAAUAACAAUAGAGAGGAUCAUGGAUGAUAGUACGAUACUCAAUUUCAAUCCAAUCCUAAUUUUACUGUCAUAUUCCGCCUACAACUUCAGGGAGGAUACAUUGAAGGUGGAAAAGAGGAUAUUGGGCAGUUUCAUCAAUUUAACAACUAUCCCAAUUGUGUACACGAAUAAAAUCAGAAUAUUCAACCAUAUCAGGAAUAAUUUGAUCAAUACCGUGCCAAGGUUAAAUUGGGUGAUUUACUACGAAUAUCAAAUGGAUUUGAUAAUUGACUGGAUAUCAAGAGGAAAUGCAGAACAGGAUGAAAGUAAACGAAAACACAUCAGUAUGGCAGACUCAAUCAAAAUACUGAUGUUACACUUUACAUCGUAUGAGAUAUGUGCAAUAUUGAUCAGUAACGUAUCAAUCGAUACCUCGUAUUCAGAUUGGUAUUUGAAUUACAAAUCACAAAAGGAUUUCGUAACUAAGGAUAUGCACGAAUCUGUUAGUGGCUAUUUGUUUAAGAGGUGCAAUGUCAUUGAAAUGGAAAAUAAUGAGAGAAAUGUGGGAUUUAUAGGCGCAUUAAGGAAGAAAAUAGACUAUAAAAUAGAAGAGAUCAUAGAAAGCAAAAUAGUUCUGGAGGAUUCAUCAGAUCAUUAUGGUGAUAUGGAAAUAGUUUCAAGGAAGAACUACAUCAUUGGGAUAAUGAUGCUGUUUUUGAUAUUUUGCAUGACAGUAUUGAUCAUUGUGUUGAACUACAUAUAUGGAAAAGAAAGUAGGGUAAAACGUAUAAAUUAG